AUGUCACGGACCAGCUCGACUGCUCAGCCCAGAGCGUUGACAUUGCCCGAAGAGUUGGAGAAGCUGGAACAGUCGAUAACACUGACCCUGCAAGAAAUCGACCACAACUUCAGUCGAGCACAUCGAAUAGUCACAUCUAGCAUCUUACCCGUUGUCGAGCAAUAUGCCGCCCACUCCAAGGAUGUGUGGGAGGCGUCGAGAUUCUGGAAGCAAUUCUUCGAAUCCAGCGCCAAUGUGUCCUUAUCCGGCUACGAGGAACAGGCGUCGCGCAUCGACACCACAGAUGACGCCGAUAUUACGGCCACAGAAGACUCUAAUACAACAACACAUACAACAUUAGAGACCUCGGAAUCAUAUGAAACUCCUUCGGCUCAGCACAUCUCAACCGACUCCAUACAGGACCUUGACCUUUCCAACAUGACCAUAUCUCCCUCGAAGAGCAGUACGCCACGACCUUACAGAACGCAAAAGACACAGCAGCAGCAAGCGGGCUUCGCACAUUAUCCGUCCCCAUACGAGGCAUUGCGGGAGGAAGUGAACAAUACCAUGGCGGAUAGUACAUUGCGCGCGCGAGCGACCGAACCCGAGACACCGGGCGGGCAGCCUGUGUUCCAUGUUGAUACCAUGGCAGCAACACCGCAGUCUUCCCCCUUUCUACCUCCCCGACCUACCUCAAUUCCGAGACCAUCCACCACCCGCAAAAAGACCGAUCCUCUGCUUCACCGCGUUCUCGACCGGAACUACCGUGUUCAGGCCACGCCCCUGACAAGCCAGCGCUAUUCAAAUCUACAGCUCGGAACGGUGACGACGCCAUCGCGUUCCAACCGCGCCGGCAAGGCAGACUUAGACGACUCAACUCUAGAUUCCAGCCCUGUGGUGGCCCCACCGGAGCUAAAUCAGGAAAUUUUCUCUUCUCCGGAACGCAAACGACCCAUCCCUGGCGUCAGCGUCUUGACUCCGGCUCGAGCGCAUUCAAAGGCGCAACCGUCGGGAGAAGCCACCCGCACCCAGGGCCUGUGGGAUAGUGAUGAUGAUGAUCUUGACGACGACAUACCUUUUGGUCAGAGUCCGCCUAAGACCAUGCAGUUCCACAUUCCUCAGAAUCGGCUGCUGAAAACUCCUGCAAAGGAAGCAUCUAAACGCAUCGUGGAAGACAUUCUUACCAACGCAGGCAUCGACUAUGGCGAAGAAGAAUUGGACUUCAGUCAAACACUAGAACCCGAUGGUUCUGAGAUUGACCUUGGUGCAGACCCGACCAGUCCUAGUGUAGUUCGCAGGGCUAUGAACGCUGAGGACGAGACCUUCUGA